UAUUUAAAUCCUUGAUGUCAAUUAUAAAAAAAAAAAGAAACAGAAAAAGAAAAAUGAAAAUAUGGAUUUUUUUUAUUCUUUGGCUAUGAUUCGCAUUUGCCUAUAUAUAGUUAUGAUUCUUUCGGUUUCCUUACUUUUUCUUUAGAUUGUCAAAUUCUCUUCGGAAAAACAAAGUUCUAAUUUAACAUAGCCAUGGCUGAGGCCACCAAGCUUCACAUAGCCAUGUUCCCGUGGCUAGCCUUUGGUCAUAUGAUCCCAUACUUAGAACUCGCGAAGCUUAUAGCUCAAAAGGGUCACAAAAUCUCCUUCAUUUCAACACCAAGAAACAUCGAUCGUCUCCCCAAACUCCCACCAGACUUAGCAUCUUCAAUACAAUUUAUAAAACUCCCUUUGCCUCACGUUGAAAAUCUCCCUGAAGACGCUGAGGCCACCACUGAUCUUCCCUACAACAAGGUCCUUUACUUGAAACUAGCUCUCGAUGGUCUUCAAGAUUCCCUGGCCAACUUUCUUGAAACAUCGUCUCCAGAUUGGUUGCUUUUAGAUUUUGCUGCUUAUUGGCUACCUCCUUUAGCCCAUAGCGUCACAGAGUUCUUCGAUAGCAUAACGGGGGAGGGUUCCCACACUUCGGAUGUCUACCGUUUUGAAAAAGUUAUUGAACUCUGUGACGCAAUAGUUGUAAGAAGCUGCCGGGAAUUCGAGCCCGAGUAUUUGAAUCUUUUAAAGGAACUUCACCAGAAACCUGUUAUUCCCGUUGGUCAGCUUCCAACGACUGCAUAUAGUAAAGGAGAUGACGAUGAGGCCUGGAAACCAAUAAAAGAAUGGCUAGACAAGCAAGAAACAGAGAGUGUGGUUUAUGUAGCAUUUGGUAGCGAGGCAAAACCAAGUCAAGAAGAAGUGACAGAGAUAGCUCUAGGAUUAGAGCUAUCUGGGUUACCAUUCUUUUGGGUGCUGAGGACUCAACGAGGGGUGUCGGAUACUGAGUCCAUCGAGUUGCCAUAUGGGUUCGAGGAGCGAACCAAAGGGCGCGGUGUGGUGUGCACCAGGUGGGCUCCUCAACUCAAGAUUUUAGCUCAUGAUUCGGUUGGUGGGUUCUUUAGUCACGGUGGGUGGAGCUCUGUUGUGGAGGCGCUUCAAUUCGAGAGAGCUCUUAUAUUGUUGACGUUCUUGGCUGAUCAAGGGAUAAAUGCUAGAGUUUUGGAGGAGAAAAAAAUUGGUUAUGUGAUACCAAGAAAUGAGAAGGAUGGAAAGUUCACCAGGGAAUCGGUGGCUGAGUCACUGAGGUUGGUGGUGGUGGAGGAAGUGGGCAAAGUUUACAGGGACAAAGCCAAGGAAAUGAAGCAGAUAUUUGGGGACAGGGAAAGACAGCAUUUGUAUGUUGAUCAACUUCUGAGUUUCCUCAUCAACAAUAAGAAUCUCAUCAAGUCAAGGCCCCUGGCUAGAAUUGAACAAUAGUUAAGCAGCUUUGCGUCAUUUACUCCUUUUAUUUAGUUUGUUUAGAAAUAAUUCCCUGGUGCCUGCCAAUUGAGCUUUGGCUCCAAUGACAUUGCGUGAUGAUAAAUAAUUGCCUGCCUAAUCAAUUGCUCAGAUUCCAGGCCAACGUUGCAGUGUAAAAAAUUUU